GAGGUCGUGGGUAUCUUGAUAGCUGUCCAGGUUGUUUCCGCGGCCAAGCGCCGCCUCAUUCUGCCCAUGCUAAUGGAGGCCACGGCGCUAAGUAUUGGGAAGUCCGUACUGAAUGGGGCCCUUAACUAUGCCAAAUCCGCCCUGGCAGAGGAGGUGGCAUUGCAGCUUGGAGUCCGGCGUGAUAAAAUUUUCAUCACCAACGAGCUUGAGAUGAUGCAGGCUUUUCUCAUGGCCGCCCAUGAUGAGGGUGUUGAUAGCAUGGUGGUCAAGGUCUGGGUGAAGCAAGUCCGUGACGUGGCCUAUGAUGUCGAGGACUCCCUCCAGGAGUUAGCUGUCCGCCUACAGAAGCAAUCUUGGUGGCGUAUCCAUCAAACGCUACUGGAUAGGCGCCGUGUGGCCAAGCAGAUGAAGGAGCUUAGAUCCAAUGUUGAGGAUGUCAGCCAGAGGAAUAUGCGCUAUCACCUUAUCAAGGGAUCUGACUCAAAGCCUGGAACCACUGGUGGGCAAUCUACCAUCGCCGGUGCCAGCGUGAUGUCUGGCAAUGAUGAAGCAAGGCGGCAGCUGGAAAAAGCAAAAGAUGAUCUCUUUCAACUGAUCAGGAAGAGGGAUGACGAUCUUAGAGUGAUCGCGGUUUGGGGAACAAGUAGUAAGCUCAGGCGGACAUCCAUCCUAGAAAGAGUCUUUGCAGAUGUGAAGAAACAUAUGGUUUUUGAUUGCCAUGCCUGGAUUACGUUGACACAUCCUUUCAAUUCAACUGAGUUCCUAAGAAGCAUUAUCAGGCAGUUCUAUGUUAAUUUUCUUCAAGAGUCCGACAGAAAGGAAAAAGUAAUUGGAGGUCCUCAAGAUCUCAGAAGGAUGGGAAUGAAGAAGGAAAAUGAUUUGGCUGACGAGUUCAAGAGAUAUGUGAAUGAGAAGAGUUUCCUCAUUGUGCUUGAUGACCUAUCCACCAUUGAAGAGUGGGAUUGCAUUAAAGCAUGUUUUCCGAAUAACAAGAAAGGAAGCCGAAUAAUAGUUUCCACAGAGCUAGUUGAAGUUGCAAGCUUAUGCGUGGGACCAGAAAACAUCACACCAGAGCACAAGCAGUUGUCUGUUGAUUUAACUUUGUACGCUUUCUAUGACAAGGGUUCUCAAGAUGGCACAGAAUCAACAGAGGCUGUGUCUAGCUCAAAUGUGGGAACUGAUGUGAGUGACAGCUCUGACAAUAGGAAGAUGCUCAAUCGUACAGAGACAAUGCUAGCAGCUUUAAAGGAAUCUUGGCUCAUUGGGCGAGAGACCGAAAAGGCAGAAAUUGUUAAACUAAUUACAACUGAAGAUAGCCAACUUGAUGUGAUCUCCGUGUGGGGAAUGGGUGGUCUUGGAAAAACCACACUAGUGAGAGACGUCUACCAAGAUGAAAUACUCAGUCAGAAGUUUGAGAAGCGUGCUUGUGCCACAAUUAUGCGCCCUUUCAAUGUUAACGAGCUCCUCCAGAACUUAGCUUUGCAGUUUGGCUAUAAGGAUGUCCCAGAAAUGGACAAAGAAUUACCAGGAAAGAAAUAUUUGAUUGUUCUUGAUGAUCUAUCAUCCAAUGCAGAAUGGGAUACUAUAAUACAACACUUUCCUGCAACAGAGACAUCAUGCCGGAUAAUAGUCACCACAAGGGUAAAAGAUAUUGCCACACAUUGUUCGAAGAAGCAUGAAAAAGUUUACAGACUCCAAAGUUUGGAAGACAACAACGCACUUGAACUAUUCGCCAAAAAGAUAUUUGGCAAGGCUACCAAUAUGGAUGAGGAGUAUCCUGAGUUGGUUGAACAUGCAAAUCUGAUCCUAAAGAAAUGCAAUGGACUCCCACUUGCAAUAGUCACCAUUGGGGGCUUUUUGGCAAACCAACCAAAAACUGUUAUGGAAUGGAAGAAAUUGAAUGAUCAUAUGCGGGCCGAGUUGGUGAUGAAUCCAGAGAUUGGUACCAUAAGAACCAUUCUUAUGAGAAGCUACGAUGGUUUACCCUAUUACCUCAAGUCUUGUUUCCUGUAUAUGCCCAUCUUUCCCGAGGACUACUUGGUUGGACGGAAUCGCUUGGUGCGUCGCUGGUCUGCAGAGGGUUAUUCAAGGGAGGUGCAUGGUAAGUCCGCGGAAGAAAUCUUGGAUGGCUACUUCAUGGAACUUAUAAGCAGGAGCAUGCUUUUACCAUCUCAACAGUCAAUUCAUGGUACAAAAGGAAUUGGUUCCUGCCAAAUCCAUGAUCUCAUCCGUGAAAUCGGCAUCUCAAAGUCGAUGGAAGAAAAUCUUGUUCUUACACUGGAGGAAGGUUGGAGUUCAAAUAGCCAAGGCACCAUGCGCCACCUUGCUAUAAAUGGCAAUUGGAAAGGAGAUCAGGAUGAAUUCGAGAGCAUACUGGACAUGACCCGUGUAAGAUCAGUAACAGUUUUUGGCGAGUGGAAGUCAUUUUUCAUUUCUGACAAGAUGAGUCUACUGCGGGUGCUGGACUUGGAAGACACAACCGGUCUACGUGAUCAUCAUGUCAAGCAUAUUGGGAAACUCAUUCACUUAAGAUACCUUUCUCUAAGAGCCUGUCAUUCUAUUUAUCACCUGCCAGAUUCAUUGGGUAACUUGAGAGAACUCGUCACCCUAGAUCUCCGAGGUACAGUAAUAAGGAAGCUACCGAGGAGUAUCGUCAAUCUCCAGAAGCUAAGCUAUCUUCAUUCUGGUAGGAAACCGACAGAUGAAUAUCAGUUUGGCAGCGUGCAAGGUGUUCUAGUGCCAAGUGGGAUGAGGAAGCUAAAAGCCCUACACACAUUGAGUGUUGUGAACAUCGCAAUGCGGGGUAAGGAUGUUCUAAAGGACAUAGAAAUACUCACCCGGUUGCGCAAGUUUGGAGUGACAGGUGUUAACAAGGAAAACGGACAAGAGUUGUGUUUGGCAAUUGUUGGUCUAAGCCAUCUAGAGUCAUUGUCAAUCCGGUCAGAGCGGGAGCCUGGUUUAUCUGGCUGCUUGGAUGGAACGUUCUCGUUUUCGGAAAAGCUGCAGAGCCUAAAGCUUUACGGUAAACUGGUCAAACUACCGGAAUGGAUCCAGGGGCUGAGGAAUCUGGUAAAGCUGAAGCUGCAGAGCUGUGGAAUAUCAGAGCAUGAUGAAGCCAUACAGGUCCUUGGGGAUCUACCGAACCUGGCAUCCCUGCAUCUCUUGAAGGAGUCGUUCGAGCAGAGUAAUGCUUGUCUCACAUUCCGUCCACACAUGUUCCCGAACCUGAUGGUGCUGGAACUUGAGGAUUCGCACUUGACCGACUUCGAGAAUGAAAAUAUGAUGCUAUUUUUGAAGUUUGAAAGAGGAGCAACCCCUAAGCUAGAGCUGCUCAAGUUCAGCUGGGCAAGAAUCAAUAGUCGGACACUCUCGGGGCUACCAUCUCUGGCAAGCUUGAAGGAGGUUCUGUUGAAAGGUUACUACAUGCACAAAGAAUUGGCAUACCUCAGGGCCGAGCUUGCAAAAAAUCCAAAUCUACCGGUCAUAAAGUUGGUCUGA